UCCCCUCAGUAGGCAGCCCCGCAGAUGGCCCCAGCCUCAGGAACAUGCUGGCCUGAGCCCCGUGGGGUCCCUAGCAGGGUUAUGGAGGGCUAACACAAGAGAUGUGGAGAUAGAUGGGAGUUUGGGUCACUUAUAUCCCAACUGGGCUUUGAGAAGGGACCUCAAAGUAAAUUAGUGAACAACAAGCAACAUUGGUGCACAGGGAACAGCUUUUUGGCCACAAAAAAACCCACAAGUGUGUUAAUGGGAGCAAAGGAUGAGAAUAAACCCUCUCCUUCCACUGGAGAAUACUGGUGGGAACCGCCUGGCUCUUAUAAUAGCUUUCCUAGCCAUCUUCUGCAUUUGUGCAGCACUCUCAUUUACUUAGACUGAGCAGUGGUGGGCACCAUUUUGAAUGUUCUUAUUUUCCCCAUUUUCCAGAAGAAGAUGCGGACCAAAGAGUUAAUCACUUUCCUGAGGAUGCAGGACUUGGCUUUUCUGAUGCAGGCCCCGUAUUCUUUCUGCUCUGGUUCAGCCCACUCCUAGCUUUCGUCCACCCAUGCUGAGACCAGAGCUCCAGGAUGAGAAGGAUACUCACACAGUGGCUGCCCAGCCCAGGGCUGUACCACAGGCUCUUGGCCCAGGAUCUCUGAUCUCUGCUAAGCCUGAACUACAACAAACAGCUCAGGAAAGCAACACAGAAGCAAGCCCUGGACCCUGAGAGAAGAAAGUUCUUGUACCAAGGUUGGAUCUGGCCCAGACAGGAGGGACAGAGACUGGAGGGAAAGAGCUAACAAGAUGAGAGAGGCCAGGCUUGUGCGUGAAUGGUUCCAUCAAGUACAGUCCAGUCAGCACACCAAGCUAGGAGCUUCCACAGCCAGGCCCAACGUGGCUCUCUGGGAGUACAAAACAAAAGGCAUCAAAAUAGCUCUCCACAUGCCAAAUGGGUGCAGAUCAGGGAAGAAGCUGAGUUCCCAAGACCCUUUCCUGCCAUCUGCUGGUCGUCUGCCACAAGCCCUGUUGUUGGCCAACAUGACGUGUCAUUGUUGAUCGGCGUGGGCACUGAGACCUUCCUCCAGGGCCAGUUCAAAAGCCUGGCUUUCUAUCUGCUGUUUACAGGAGCCGCUGUCUCCAUAUGCGAAGGGGCCUACUUUGUGGCUCAGCUGCUGGCCAUCUGCUUCCAGUGUCAACCAGGGUCCCUGGCAGACAGAGUAAGGGAGAAAGCCCACUGGCUGGGCUCCUUCCAGAAGUUCCUGGCCUACGUGCUGCUGUCGGUGGCCUGCUUCCUCCACCCGGUCCUGGUCUGGCACGUGACCAUCCCAGGCUCCAUGCUCAUCAUCACCGGCCUGGCCUACUUCCUUCUGAGCAAGCGAAAGAAGAGGAAAGCUGCCCCCGAGGUGCUGGCCUCCCCAGAGCAGUACACAGACCCCUCCAGCAGCGCUGUGAGCACCACCGGUUCUGGGGACACAGAGCAAACCUACACCUUCCAUGGGGCCCUCAAGGAGGGGCCCAGCUCCCUUUUCAUCCACAUGAAGAGUAUCCUGAAGGGGACCAAGAAGCCCAGUGCCCUCCAGCCCCCCAACACCCUGAUGGAGCUGAGCCUGGAGCCAGCCAACUCCCUGGCCAAGAAGAAGCAGGUGCAUUUUGAAGACAAUGUUGUCCGCAUCGUCCCCUCCCUUGCCGAAGGUCUGGAUGAUGGGGACAGUGAGCCAGAGGAGACCACCUCUGACACGACACCCAUCAUUCCCCCUCCCCAGGCCCCACUCUUCCUGUCAUCUCUUACAGCCACUGGCCUGUUCUGAGCACUUGCUGCAGCCUGGAGGACGCUCAGUGAGGGGUCUACCUAGCUCAAUGGCCCUCCCUGGAGUUUCAGGGUCUUCUCUGGUCAGCUUUUCAAGGGGUAACCAGACACCCCCACGCUGGCUGGGCCCGUGAGGCCAUCAGGAGGUGUGACUGGCCAGCAUUUCUGCAGAGGCCUCGAGGGAGGCACAAACAAGGUUCACACCACCUCAAGCCAGCACAAGCUCCUUCCUCCUGGCCACAGAUGGGGAAACCCUUAUGCUUCCCCAACGAGACCAUCACUGCCACUGCGCACGAGGCUGCAGGUGCCAUUGACUCAGCCCAGAAGGGACAGAGGAUGUCUGCCCAGCAAAAGCCUCUGGGCUUUUCUUACUCCUGACCCAGGGCACAACACUCAGUGAAGAACCUAUGGUCCACCCAUCUCUGAAGGCCCAGGAAAGUGUCAGUAACUUAAGCAUCUCUAAGGCAGGAGAAGGUGGCCGUGGGUCUUGACCAACCAAGACUGCUCAGGGUCGGGAGGGGAGGCUGCAGGCCUCUGAUGGGAGCAGCCGGGCCAUGGGCCACAUUCUCUGCAUGCUCUAGGGCUGGGGCUGAGCUGCUCAGGGAAACAAUGCCGCUCUGUGCUCACUGUGGGAAAGCUAGGCCAGAUGAGCAAAGCUCAUUCCAGAAACAUGGCUGGGGACUUCCAGCCUCCUUACCACAUGGCCUUUCCAAGAUUCCAAGUUGAUGAUGCAAACUGAAAGCAGUGAAUGCCAGGGCCCAGAAGGCAAUGUCUGCUGUGUGCAGGACCACAGAGGCUGCCCAGGGGUGGCACAGCACAGAGAAGUUGCAGUGCCAUGUUUAGGCACUUGGUAGCAGAAUAGGUGAUAAAUAUAAAUUUCUUCAAAAUGAAGUGAGGGGGGAAGAAGAGGAGGGAAAAUGGGAGGAUAAGAGGAAGUGGGCAGGCAAGCAAGUUCUCUGCCAUGGGGCCACGGAAGUGACAGUUAACCCAGAAGGAACAAAGACAUCUGAAUCAGAUAUUCCUUUAUAAAUCUGUAAAGGAUUUGCAAUAUAGGCUUUAAUUCUAAAAAUUGUUGUCGGGUCCGUGAGGCUGUUGCCAGGAAGAGUAGAAACACCUUUCUUCAUGGCAGCGAGGGAGCAGUCAGGAGGAAGAGUCCUGUGGCUUCUCAGUCCCUGUGGGGGCUAACGCAAAGCUCUAUAGAACAAGUCUUAGAGUGCACGCUCUACGGUCUAAUGAGAAACUUGUGUUUGCGCUUGCACACGUUUCAAUGUUCCCUACAGGAUAUUUUACAAAGGUAUGAAAAUAAUGGCCAACCAGAAGCUAGUAUCAGUUUGGGGCCUAAAUGCAGCAGCUGUUCCUGAUAAGCAGAUAAGCAGAGCUCUUCCUGCAGUAGCCCAGGUCUCACCAAUCAAAUGACAAAUGGCUAAUCAAGACACUCCUGCAAGCCCUCAAUGGUGAGAGCUGCAGAGCUGCUUCUUCAGCUGCCAUCAAGGCAGGACCUCAGGACCUGAUUGUCUACAGUCAGGGAAGAGUGAACAAUAUGGGAUAUGGGUAUAGGUAGGUGGUAGGCAAGGAUGGUGCCCCAUGGCUGAUGGGCCGGGUGUCUCAGGCAGGCCCCCUGUGCACAGAAAGAGCCUAAGUGCAGAGGAGCCAGGCGUCUUUCCCCUGUCAUCUGUGGAAGGGGAAUGCGAUGGCCACAGACACCCUCAUGGCACAGACAUGGCCAGCCUCUGACGUUCCUGUGCAUCAGAGUGGUUCUGUCCUCGAAGCCCCAGUCAGCAGAACUGGAUGACCAGGUCGCAAGAAGCAAACCAGAAAGUGUGAUGUCAGAGCUGUCAGAUCCCAUUUAAUAAACACUUCAGUAAACCCAAGUGUGGAGUGUUGUUUUGGGUGUUUAGAGACGUGUGUUGGGAGCACCCUUUCGGAGGUGUCUUAGUGUGUGUCUUAGGAGUUCCAGUAAUGAUGCGAUGGAAUUCUGAGGCACGUAGGCUUCCUGGAGAUUGUCAUCAGUUAAGAGAGUGUCUGCUGGUGUGCAGCAUUACAGGACAAUUAUGAUCUUACCUAGGUUAGUAAAGUUCUCAAACACUCUUAUGGCUACAAAACAAAAAACAAAAAGCUGGAGUGAGAUCAUUAAAUAGGCCAGAACUCUCACCCAUCAGUGGACCAAGCAAGAAAGUGGCAUCUUCCUCAUAAGCAGAUGAGCACCACGUGUCUCCAUUGAUUCUCAGCCUGUGACCUCUAUGACCACAUCCUUGUCCAGUAGGAUCCCUGCAAAGCAGAUGUUGUAAUCAUCUGCAUCCUUGCCAAGAAGCAAAGACUAGAAGGGCUGGCCCUGCCAUGAUCCCCCUCCCUGCCUCAGCAGAGAGGGGACCAUUUUGUAUAUGAAGAACAGAGUGACAGGAAGAAGAAAGAGCACCAGGCUGAGCACCAUUCGACCUCUACUAAUACACGUCUGACCCUGUUCAAGCCCCUUCACAUCUCUGGCUCAGGUUCCCCUAUUAAGUGGGAAUCACAGCAGUAACUCAACAAGACAGGGGCAAGUGCUUUUCAGAACUACAAACAGGUCACUGUGAUUGCACCACAUCCCUAUCCCUAUGGGGGACUCACCGUGAGGGGGCACUGAGGAAGCACCACCCUGACUUGCAUCUGUGGCAAGGCCAGUUCAGGUCCAAGAGCUCCUGUCUCCACUCCAGGUUGCAGGGCUAGAGCCUGGGGAGGUUACAGCCCCCAAUGCCUAUCUCAGAGGAAAGCCAUAGUGGACCCCACAUUUGCUAGCAGCUGCUCCCUGGGGGUCACACCAUGGGUCCUCUGUCUCCCUCUCCCAUCAGCCCUAAGGUGGCUUUUUGUUGUUAGUUUUCUGAAAUAUCUUUAUUGAGAUAUAAUUCAUAUAACAUAAAAUUCACAAAUUUAAAGUGUACAGCUAGGCCAGGCACAGUGGCUCAUGCCUGUAAUCCAAGCACUUUGGGAGUCCAAGGUGAGUGGAUCACUUGAGCCCAGGAAUUUGAGACCAGCCUGGGCAACAUAGCAAAACCCUGUUCCUACCAAAAGUAUAAGAAAUUAGCCAGGCAUGGUAGUACACAACUGCAGUUCCAGCUACUUAAGAGGCGAAGAUGGAAGAAUGGUUUGAGCCCAGGAGGUCAAGGCUGCAGUGAGCUGAGAUCAUUCCACUGCACUCCAGCCUGGGCAACUGAGUGAGACCCUGUCUCAAAAUAAUCUUUAAAAAAUUUUUAAAUUAAAAAAAAAGUGUACAGCUAAACAGUUUCUAGUAGUUUUUUUUGUUGUUUUUUUGUUUUUUUUUUUUGUAGAUGGAGUCUCGCUUUGUCACCAGGCUGGAGUGCAGUGGUGUGAUCUUGGCUCACUGCAUCCUCUGCCCCCAGGGUUCAAGCGAUGCUCCUGCCUCAGCCUCCUGAGUAGCUGGGACUACAGUCGCGCAUCACCAUGCCCAGACAUUUUUGUAUUUUUAGUAGAGACAGGUUUCACUAUCUCGGCCAGGACGGCCUUGAUCUCUUGACUUCAUGAUCCACCUGCCUCAGCCUCCCAAAGUGCUGGGAUUAUAGGCGUGAGCCACCAUGCCAGGCCUCUAGUAGAUUCUCAAACUAUGUUCAUCACAAUGUAAAUUCACAACAUUUUCAUCAUUCCCCAAAGCAAACACAACCUAGCACCCAUUCGCACUCACUCCCUACCUCCCAUCACCUGCCCUAAGCAACCAUUAAUCUACUUUCUGUCGUAUAAAUUGAAUCAUAUAAUAGUGGUUUUUUUGUGACUUCAUUCACUUAGCAUGAUAUUUCUGAGGUUCAUCCAUGUUGUAGCACAUAUCUUUAUUUUAUUUCUUUUCAUGGCUGAAUAAUACUCCAUUGUAUGGAUAUACUACCUUCUGUUUAUCCAUUCGUCUGUUAAUGGACACUGGGGUUGUUCCCACUUUGUCCCUAUAA